GGCGGGACUUCCGGCUCCGCCACCGGCUGCUCCGGACCUGGCCGGGGCGGACCACCCUUCAGGCGUCCAGAAAUGGAUUCAAAAGUUGAGGAAGAAGUUCCUGUGCAUGAGGAAUUCGUACAGUGUGGUGGAGUGGAAACACUGGUUAUAAAAUGUGGGCACUGGACUGACCUCAGUAAUGAUCAAGGUGUCAACAGGCCAGAGACACUUCUUUUGAUCAUUCCUGGUGAAAGGAAAUUACUUGAUCCAAAUGCUCAAGAAAUUAAGGACAUCUAUGGACUGCAUGGUCAAGUACAACACAAAAUAGCUUUUCUGAGAACUCAGGUACCAAAAGAUAUGAAACUCAUCCUCAUUGGCCAUUCAGUAGCCAGCUAUAUGAUUCUUCAGAUCCUGAAAUAUGCCCCGGAGCUCCCAGUAAGUAUGCCAUAG